GUGGCUCACAAGGUUGUGGAUGUGGUGUGCAAGGAUGUUCGUAUUUAUUACAAGGUGGUGGGUGUUCUUCACAAGGUGGGUAUUCAUGACAGGGUGGUGGGUAUUCAUGACAAAGUGGUGGGUGUUCACAAGGUGGGUAUUCAUGACAAGGUGGUGGGUAUUCACAAGGUGGAUAUUCAUGACAAAGUGGGUAUUCAUGACAAAGUGGGUGUUCAUGACAAAGUGGGUGUUCGUGACAAGGUGGGUAUUCGUGACAAG